UUUAAAAAGGACUUUAGAGAUAGCGAAACAACUGCCAAACAUCUUUAGGAUAACAAAAUAAUGUUUGACUGAUAAACAGAAAAAGGAUCUUCCAAUUAAGUAUUUGCAAACUAGCCCAAGCUUUUUACGCAAAGAUAUUGGCUGGUAUUGGUCUGGCGUAUAUUAUUUUCCAUUCACCAUAUUUUGUAUAUCGAAUAAUGUUGAUUUUGCACAUAAUUGGGUGUCAAAUACCAAUGAAGAGCCGUGGAAACAUAGUGUAAUGUUUCUAUAAUGCUCGAUACAUUCAUUAUUCAAGUAAUAACAUUAUCGAUAAAACUAUGUUGAAAUGAACUUUGAUUUUAAAUAAACUUUUGUUCGUCUAAAAAUCUACGUUGAUUUCUUACAGAAGAUGCCUCUCAAGGACCUUAUGGUAAUAGAGUUCGUUGGGCUUGCUCCGGGGCCGCUAUGUGGAAAAAUUCUUGCUGAUUUCGGUGCAUCUGUUUUAAGAGUUGAUAAGGUUUGGGAGAACAGUUUAGAUGUUUUACAAGACGGAAAAAGUACUGUAGUUAUUAAUCUAAAGGAUUGUGAAGGUCGUGAAAUGGCACGAAAACUUGUUCUAGCUCACGACGUUUUAAUUGAUCCGUUUCGUCCUGGAGUGAUGGAAAGUAUUGGAUUGGGUCCAAAUACCUUGUGUAAGCAAAAUCCUAGGCUAAUAUACGCACGAUUAACUGGUUUUGGACAAAAAGGACCCUUAUGUAAUCGAGCUGGGCAUGAUAUUAACUACGUUGCUAUUUCUGGGGUGCUAUCGAUGCUACGUUCACGAAAUAAUAGACCAACUCCGCCACUAAAUAUCUUAGCAGACUUUGCUGGUGGAGGUUUACUAUGUGUUUUAGGAAUUUGUCUAGCGCUUCUGGAACGCCAUCGUUCGGGAUUAGGUCAAGUAAUUGACUCAUCAAUGUGUGAAGGCAUAGCCUACCUAUCUUCAUGGCUAUUUAUUUCCCGUACACUUCCUAUAUGGAGUAACCCCCCUGGUCAAAACAUGCUAGAUGGCGGAGCGUACUAUUAUGAUUUAUACAAAACAAAGGACGGUAAAUACAUGUCUGUUGGAGCCUUAGAACCGAAGUUUUUUGAUAUUUUUAAAGAAAAAAUCGGAUUACCGGAACUGACUCAGUUUCCCAAUAAUGAGUAUGAUAAAUUGGUUUUUAAGGAUAAAGUUGGGAAAACUUUUUUGGAAAAAACUCAAAAAGAAUGGUCGUUAAUUUUCGAUAACUGCGACGCAUGCGUAUUUCCUGUUUUGGAAUGGGAAGAAGUAGCUGAAUACGGACAUAAUAAAUUUCGUCGCAAUUUUCAUAUGUCAAAAAAUAUACCCGUACCAGUACCUUCCCCCAUAUUAAGUAGAACGCCAGGUAGUAUUAGAAAGGCAGGGAAUUAUUCAAAAAUAGAACACAUUUUGAAAAAUAUGGAACUAAGUACAGAAAAUCUUAGCAAAUCCAAAAUAUGAAUCCAUAAAAAAUGUUAGUUUUAUUG